AUGUUGGAACUUUUAUCCAGACAAAAAGGACUUACUGUUCAUGUUAGCCCCAGUGGGACCACCUGCUACAUAACAUCAAUGAUGUUUUAUGUAGAAAUUCAGCUGGAGAAGGAUGGAGAUGUGAUGGAUGUAAAGUUGGCUCACUUUGAAGAAGCUCCUGUGCAAAAAAAGGGAAAUAAGAAAGAAAAUCAGUAUUUUUGUCUUUUUAAAACAUUGGGUUUGUUUUUAAUAGUAGCUUUCAUAACCUACUGUCUUAACCUAAUUGCUAAUAAAAAUAAUGACCUGGUUUCAGGAAUUCAGAUUUCUGGCUUGAAACUAGCUCCACUGUAUGAGCUAAUUGUUCAGUCUACUCUUAAAGAAAAAUGCAGUGAAGACUUGUCUACAAAUAAAUCUUGUUUCUUUGUGUCUCUUCCAGAUCACCCAAAGCACUGUUACUUCAUAAACAAGGGCUCAGAAAAAUCAGGUUUAGCAGGAGCCUUGGUCAGUAAAAUCCCAUUUAGCCAUCCAAAGUGUGUGCCUGGUGUAAUAGAGAUUCUUCGACAUCAAGUGGCAUAUAACACUCUUAUUAGCAGCUGUGUCUCUGAGAAGAAUAUAAAUGAAGAUGAUUCAGAACUGCUUUACUUUGAAGUGGUACCACACAAGAACACCAGCUUUUCUGUCUUUUUCCUUCAUCCUGUGAAAGAGAAUUUAGCCUGUGUGGUAAUAGAUGUUGUAAGCUCUAGAGAAGUCCAAUGUCACCUUCAUUUAAAUCCUCAAGAUCCAACUCUGAAUUCUACUGAUGACUUCAUAGCAAGAGCUGUGAAACGGCAAGUGCUUUUAUUUCCUAACAGAUGUCCACCAAAUGGAAAUAUCAUGUGCAUUCAUAAUGCCAUGAACUGAGCAACUGGAAAACUUCACUUUAGUAAAAUGAUGUAAUACAAUAAUGGGAAUAAGUUACGUCAGUGUCUUACGUAUCUCUUUUAAAAAUUUUAAACAUUAACAGUGAUGAAGUGUUUCUAGUAGAAAGCAUGUGGAAGCAAGGAAAGACUAAUGAGUGAAGAGUUUUACCUUUUAUAAAGAUGCUUUUCUGAAGACUCUAGCUGAUAACAGUCUCAUGUCUAGCUUAUCUUCAAAUAGCAUGGAAAGGUCUUUUUCCACAUCUACGUAAUAGCAAUCAGUGCUUCUUUUCAGAAAGUGAGUUGUAUACGGCACGUCUACAACACUGACUCUGGUUUGUUUUCUGAACAAAUUCCAAGAGAGAGAGUUGUUGUCAUGCAUGAACACAGGUUAGACAAACUGAUUCAGAACACAGUCCAAGAGCACUAAGUGAUUUGGCAAAAGCUAGUACACAACUAUUAUCUGUUUGAUGACAACAAAACCAAUGCAGGUUGGAUUUUGAACCUGAUUUUAAACAAGGUACUAUUUUUGGAACCAGGUUAAGAGUGGGAAAAAAACUCCUCCAGUAUAGACAGUGUUUUAGAAGAGAUACCUUCUGUACCUGCGUUACGCAAAGCAUGAAGGUUACAAUUAUAAAACUCAAGAAGAAUGAAUCCAAUAUUCUUAGUUUUGUUUUCACUAGAAGUACCCUAUGACUUAAUUUUUGUUGACCAGAUUGACCAGACUGAAAGACCUCCCACUCUUUCAGUCAAAGCUUCUGUGCACACCUAACUUCAAAGACUUAGCACUAAAUUUCAGUGUGUCAACAUAUAUUUCUGGUGCAGCACAAGUAGUUUAUAUUAUGGUUACAAAGUAACACCAGGUUGUCCAAGCCAAAACCAGAAAGGAGGUAAUGAAAGGUUUUCAUUCAGGUGUCAGCCACAGUUUAAAAAACAGAAGUACUUUAAAGAAGGUAUGAUGUCUGUAGUAGUGACUAAUGUGUCAUUUCCUUCUUCAGUUGCAUGUCAGUCCCAGUUGUCAUGAGAGCUGUUUUCAGGAACGCUGCCAAGGUGAAAGCUAACAGUGAAACACAAGACAUGGACAUAGAACAAGAACCUGGAUCACAAUCGGAGCAAACUACACAUUCUGACAGUCCCCAAGAAAGCCUUUCUGGUGCUGGUCAGCAAGACUGGGUAGUGACAGAUAAGCCAAAUAAUACAGGGAGUACAGAAGAAAAUCUCUCUACAGCCAAACUGGAAACUCUGGGUGAUAAUGUGGAAAAAAACUAACCCCUCACUGUGCACUAAAACUUUGUGGAGGAAAGUAAUUCCAUAGCUAGUACAGAAGCUGAUGUAAUAGACAAAAAAUCUGAUGGUUUUAUAAACAAAAAUGAAGUCUACUUACUAAUUUGUGAAUGGUAUCUCCUCUGCAAACUUUUAAAUAUGGGAAAGUAGUUCCCUUGAAUCUGCAUUUUAAAACAUCCAAAUCUGUCAAGUCUAACACUGUUCUAUUAACCUUUAUUUUGUCUUGUUACUGAAAACCUCAAAAAUCGUUGUGGUAAACAAGAUUCCCUCUAACACUGUCUUUUUCAUUGUUAGAAGGUAAGGCAUUACUUUAUUCUUGGUCAAGAG